CUACCGCAGCCUCAUGCUGCUAUUCGGCACCGUAGGGUCCUACUCUACUGUCUAUGGUACUAAGUAAGUUUAGUAAAAACAUGUUUUUCCUAAGGCUGGGGGCCAGGGAAUGAAAAAGUUUGGAGUAUAUUUUUCACGUGCAAUAUGUUUCAUGGGGGUGGACCCCCGACAGGACGAUACCCCCGGGAGUAUGCACCCCAUUACAGAAUCUCAACUCCUUUUGAUCAACCACAAGGCCCAAAUACGGCUACCGGCUUUGGGCCGCAAGUCGGUCCGGUUUCGUAUAGAUCCGGGGUACCUUGCGGACCAUUUGUGCCGCCCCAGUACGAGAGACAUCCCUUUCCCUACCAUGGCAAUUCGGAAGAAUGCCGAGGUUCCUCAUCUGACCGGAGUUAUCCUUCACCCGGACCUGGAAAUAAUCAAGGACCGUGUGGCGGGCCCCCAGGAGAGAAUAUCGGCAGACAACUCAACCCACCACUUCCUUGUGAUGGCUUCUCUGUGGACCAGUUGUCCCAGUUUCCGGAUUCCAGAAAAGUCAACUCCCUCAGUCAAGAAGACAUCGAGAAUGAGAGGGCAGGGGAAGCAUUCCUCCGAUGCCUUGCUACCAAGGAGAAGUACCCAGUGCGUGACCUAGCAGGGGACCCACACUUCAGAUCUCCCCGCCCAGGGAACGGACCAGAGCUGGGCACCGAUGACCAAGCUUGCAAGAGACAGAUUCUGGGGCGGAGCAAAAGUCGCCCCCGCGGUAGGAGUCGUAGCCGGGGAAAGAGUAUGGGACGGAGCAAAAGUCGCCCCCGCAGUAGGAGUUGUAGUCGGGGAAAGAGUAUGGGACGGAGCAAAAGUCGCCCCCGCAGUAGGAGUUGUAGCCGGGGAAAGAGUAUGGGACGGAGCAAAAGUCGCCCCCGCAGUAGGAGUCGUAGCCGGGGAAAGAGUAUGGGACGCAGCAAAAGUCGCCCUCCAAGUCCGAGUCGGGCAAAAAGUGUGGGGCGGAGCAAAAGUCGGCCACGCAGUCGGAGUCGCAGCCGGGUAAAGAGUCCGGGCAAGAACUGUAGCCAGGGGGCGGGAUGUGACCCCAGUCGAAGCUGCAGUGGCACCAGCAGCAGCAGUAGUAGCAGCUGCAGCAUUCCCACAGAAGGCACCAGCAGGACUGCUCCUCCUGCAAAGAAAACGGCUAUGGACAUGUUUCGAGAGCUUCUGUUGGCUAGUCAAUUGAAGGAAAGGGAGGAACUGCUCGCCUCGUCCAGGAUGGCUGCUCUAAAGAAGCAGUUGGACACCGCGGGUCACAGCCAAGUCAGCGCACAGACCCGUCAUUCCCCGGUGAAUAUAUUGGGGGAGCAUCAGAGCAGCAGUCUCCCCAGAGAGAUGCAAAGUUUUCUGAGUGCCAUGACCAGGGGGAUGGAGCCCAGCUUCUUAGCCUCCAUCCAGGGGCAGAUGAGGGAAGGGCAGUGGGUGCCCACAUUGAGAGAGGAUUUUAACUUGGGGCAAUAUGAAAAAAAAGAAACUUUUGGCAGUGUCAAGCAGGAGACGGAAGAGGAGAACGAUGGGGAGUUUCUCCUCCCGCACGAAAAGGUCAGACAUGACCGCAGUGGCUUCUCCAGGAUUUUGGGUGUAAUGGGGAACGUGCCCGAUCCGCAGGAGAAGAGGAAAAUCUUUACGGACAUUGAGGACGAGGAGAAGUUCCUCUAUGGAGACGAGGAUGACAAAGGCAAAGCGACGGCCAAGGCUGUGGCAGGUGAGAAGCAGGCUGUUGUCGAUUUUGAUAAGAUCAAGAAGGCCCUAACGACCAUUGGGCUGGAUCUGGGCAAAGCAGAGAUCAGUAAGAUGAUGGCCAGAAGACAGGAACACACCGCAGGGAGCCCACGUCACAAGGGGACCUCAUCUUCAGGAGGAUUGAGCCCCGGCCAAAGUCGCAGUCAGAAACGGAAUAGGUCCCCAAACUCAGACAUAUACUCCAACUCCUAUUCUUCUGCCAAACAGGCUUUGUACUGUGGGGCUUCUCCUGGUUUAGUCGGAACGGAGUUUGACACAAGCUCUCAGGAAAAGAAAACUGGGGGGAUCCCUUUUUUUAGGCCAGACACUGUACACGAGCCCCUUUUGACAACAAAUAUGCAGACUUCUCCUCUUGGCUCGGAAACGGCAAUUUGGGGACCAACUCAGCUAAACAUGCCAAACUACCUGCCACAGAAACCAAAUGUAUCAGUGCCUCAUGGCCCUGGUGUUGAUCUCCAAAUUCCGGGGCUGGAGUCUUUAAAACAAGUUCUGGAGUCGGUGAAGGCCACAAGCAAGGGCAGGGACAACCUUGUCGACCUCGCCAAUCAAAGCUCUCAUGUGAGGAAUUGCCAAAGAGAAAAGAUUUCAGAAGAGAAUUCCAAGGUCAAAGAAGAGGCUUUGAAGACAGACGUACAAGAGCAAAUUAAAAGAAAAGACUAUCUUCUGAAGGAACUGGAGUCGUUACUGAAGCGGGAAGUUUCUGAGUUUGUGGUCCCUGUGAUUGGUUUUUGCUGCCAGUUGUGUGAAGAAUUUUUUGGGGAUGUCACAAGUGCCCAAGAUCAUGCCGCAUGUCAGAGUCAUAAGGAGAGACGGAAGAAACACGUAAGAGCGCAUAACAAAUCAGGGGGAAAUCUCCAGGCCCGACCGGCAGUGGACACAGAGAGGCGAAACCCCAGAGAGUCUGGGCACAAGUGGGCCUCCAAGGAGGAACCCAGGGGCUCCAGGGGAACCGUUGAAAAGGUUUCAGUUAAGGAGGACCAAGUAGACCUCGCAAGACCGGCAAACGCGACGCCGUCAAAGAUGGCCGACGAGAAGGGGAUGGACUCGACCAAGAGCUCCGUGACUGACCACAGGGAGGGCGUGUCCUCAAAGGCCCACAAAAAGAAGAAGAAGAAGAAAAAGGAAAAGAAAAGGUUGAAAAAGGAGAAAAAAAGGCAAAGAAAAGGAAAAGAUUGAGAGAACGUAGCCAGUGUUAAACGGUUUGGACUGGGGCCAAACGGCUAUUCACAAUUGCUUGACACAGCUUCUCUACAGAAAUGGAAAAUGUAUUAUGGAUUGUGCCUAAAAAUUGAACUGGGGCACAUGGUUCGUAUUUGCAUAAAUCGACACCAAUAAAGAAAAAUAACACUCUUAAUUAAAGCAAGAUGAUAACGUUGUAUCGACUAUGUGAAGAACAAGAAUUCUGCAUUUUUAGUCAUUUUCGAAAUGGUUAAGGAUAACCGUAUCCCUCAAAAGAAUGUUCAGAACAUAACAGAAAAAAAGUAGUAUUCAAAGUAGAACUUUCAUGUGUGUAUAUAACAUCAUAUAAUUGUAAUAUAUUAUAUUGUAAUAUAUUGCAUAUAUUAAAAUGCAUUGCUUCAAUUAACUGAUGUACAUAGAAUAUAUGUAUGUAUGAAUGUAUAUAUGAUAUGUAUAUAUAUGCAUCACUUAAUUGAAGCAAUAACAUAGCAGAUGUAGUAUGCACAGAGAAUAUUAUUUUGAGCAUACACAGGAAUGUUGAUAUAAGUGUAAAUAUAUAUUUUUGCAAACAUCAUGGCCAUUUGCUCGUGUAAAUGGGCGUCAGCUGUCUUUUUGCCUUUUGUAGCACUGGACUGUAUUUUAUUUUAUUUUUUAAUUAAACUUUGGUUUACACUAUAAACUUGACAUCCCAAUCCUUGUUACAUAAUAAAAAAGGACAAUUCCAGUG